CGAGGCGAGAGCGGUUUCCUUCCCUUUAUAACCCCAGGUCGUCACGUCCCCGGUCUCCGCAACGGGCUUCCCCUGCUGCUCUCCUCUCCUCUCCUCUCCCGUCAAAGAAUCUUCUUCACCCACGCCGCCGCCUCCUUCCACUCCCGACGACGUCCCCGCGCGUGGCCAUGGCCACGGUCGCCGUAGACCGUCAUCAGCUGGACGGCAUCAUAGCGCCGGCCGAGACGGCGGCGGCCGGCGGCGGCGCGCCGGUGCAGAAGCGCAGGGGGUGGAUCAAGCGGAUGAUGUACUCGCCCGUGGCAGCAGCGGUAGGAGCCGAGAAGGGGAGGACAGCGGCGGCGGCGGCCGCCGCCGCCUACGACGACGACAGCGGCGCGACGAGGACGACGAAGCCGCGGCGAGGCGGGUGGCUGCGGCGACUGAUGGUGCCGCCGCCGCGGGAGCACCGCCGGCAGCGGAAGCUGGUGGGCGGCGGCGGCGGCGGGUCAGCGUCGUCGUCCAGGCUGCUGGCCGGGCUGCCGAGGUGGAAGCGCGUGUCCAUCGGCGGCGGGUGGGCGUCGGCGCUGCUGGACGCCGCCGCGUUCCGCGUCAUGUACGUGGUGGAGGCCGUCGUGCUGGGCCUCGCGCUCUCCUGCUUCUUCUGCUGCUGCGGCUGCCAGAUAUGAUAGCCUAAUUACUAGGUUCAUUUACCUUGUAAUCUCUCUCCCUAAUUAUAUUUGUUAUUACUAGAUCUUUACGCCCUCC